ACCCUCCUCAGCAGCGAUGCCAGCGAAUUUGAAUUAGCGGCAUUUGGACAUUACUAGUGUUUUUAUAAAAAAAUAAAAAUUCCCUCGAAUUCCGACCUCGCGUGGUUUGCCAAGCGGAUUUCAUUUAUUACCGUGGGAUUAACCGGCGUUAUCCAGAGAGGCCGGAGAUUUGUGUCGCGCAGGGCGGGGAGGCACGUUCGGAGGAGUCUUUCGCCUCCUCCGCCAGUAUGCUCCUGUAACAAGCCAAGAUAGAUACAAGAGCGAAGACGGAGCCAAUGUGCCCGUAAAGCAUGGACAUGGAGGGGAGUGCCGGGCAGGGGGGCAGCACCAGGAGGAGAGCAGCGGAAGAUGGUGUUUCAGGAAGAGGAAGCGUGGAAGUUCUGGUAGUACCUCCAGACCUGUAUGACUCUGCCAGGGCCAAAAUAGAAGCAAAUCUCCGUUGGCUGCUGGCCAAAGCUUAUGGCAUUGCAGACCACAUCCCUGAGGACCUGCAGGACCCCUUCUACACGGACCAGUAUGAGCAGGAGCACAUCAAGCCGCCCGUCAUUCACCUGCUGCUGUCCGGGGAGAUCUACUGCCGGGUGUGCGGACUCAUCCUGCGCGCUGAGCAAGCCGCCUCGCUCCGAAGCCAUCAGUCCGUGCUCCAGGCACUGUCCGCCAGGGGCAUCCAUGUGCAAGACUCAGACGAUUUCCACGUCUCCACUCUGGAUCUCAGCUCAAACCCUGUCAAGAUGAGCUGCCACAUGCACCUGAUCGAUGCCCUCAUGAUGGCCUACACAGCAGAGAUGAUCAGUGUGGAGAAGGUGGUGUCCAGUGUCAAGCGAUUCUCCAACUUCAGUGCCUCUAAGGAGCGUCCGUUGGACCUGGAGGAUGCCAUGGUCCUUUGGGUCAACAAGGUGAACACAAAGAUGAGGGCUAUCUCUGAAAAAGAGAUGAAGAUGAAGCAGCACCUGCUGGACUCGCCAAACCACCAGAAGGUGCGCUAUCGCAGGGACCAUCUCUCAGGUCGGACACUUCAGCACUUCUCCCUGGUAGACGACCUGUGCAAAGACGUGUGUGACGGCGCUGCUCUUCUGGCCCUAAUCCACUUCUAUUGCCCCAAACACGUUAGACUUGAAGAUAUCUGCCUGAAGCACAUCGCCUCCAUAGCUGACAGCAUGUACAACAUCCAGUUGCUGAAGGAAUUUUCCAAUGAAUACUUGAACAAGUGCUUCUAUCUGAAGCCUGAGGACAUGCUGUAUUGUCCUCCAGUGCUGAGGAAUAAUGUGAUGGUAUUCAUUGCCGAGCUCUUCUGGUGGUUUGAGAUUGUGAAGCCGGACUUUGUACAGCCCAGAGACCUUAAGGAAUUCAGAGAUGCAAGGUUACUGCUGAUGCCGAAGGCCUCUCGAUCCCACACACCCAUCAAUUUCACCAAACGUAGUUUCCAGACUACAUCAAGCGAUGCUGAAAUGUUGACCAUGCCUUUAAGCUCCAACUUUAGCACUUCCAGCUCUCAUCACUCUUUAGUGCCUCCAAGACAGAGACGACCGAGGGGAGUUGAGGAUGAUGCUACAGUGAGGAAGCAGUGCAGCUCUCUGGCACGUAAAGAUGAGAAGCCGCAGGGUUUGUCACAGGUCUGGCCAGAGAGAAGGCAGAGGCCUUUAUCCCAGCCGGCACCCUACGCCUUGCAUUUCCCCAAUCACGAGGUUGACACAGACAAUAGCAGUCUGAUUCGCUCCAACACCAAAGGCAGCUUGGCCUCUAGCAUUAUGACACCCAGCCACAUGCUCAUGGGUUCAGGUCGCCCGCUGCACGAGCACAGACUGAGCGGGCAAAGUCUCCUCAGCCAUAUUCGCAUCGAGGACGAGGAGGAGCUCUUAGAGGAGGAGGAGCUAGUCGCCAUGGUACACCCCGCUGCUUUCCACCGACGUCCACUCAGGAGUGACAUCGAGCUGGAUGAACUGGAAAUCCCACACACGACCUCACCACGGAGGGUUUCUAAUACUCUCGACAUGGACGUCUUAACCCCAGGUGUGCAGGCGGAAAGCUACUACCUGGAGCCUCUGAUGCCAGCCAUCCCUAAGCCAGCCAAAGAGAAGAGUAUCAGCCUCAACAAGGACGAGGAGAGCGGGGAGAGUCGCUGCAGGUCAGGGCUAUGUGGUGUGAAUCCAGCCACGGAUGUUCCACAUAAAUCACACAGGAAAUCACCAUUGUCUGAAUGUCGUAAAUAUGCGUUUAAACCCAUAACUGUGGUAAAAUCUGUGCCCACCCGGGAAGGCUUGACACAUACUUCACUUUCUGAGAAAACACAACCACAAGGCUUUUUCCUUCACUUGUCUGGAGAGUCAGACUGUCACAGUCAUCUUUCCUCUGAUGCAGAAGUAGGGCAAGACUCUGAUUCCGACAUUGCAGGUUUUGAGGAAGAUGACGAGGAUGUGGAGCUGAUCGAGCCAAGCAGGGAAAAAGGAAUUGGCUUACUGAGAGAAUUCUCAGAGGUUGAGUCUUUUAAGCUGAGAGAAGACCUAAAGCUGAGUGAGCGAGACGACAAGGAAGACUGGAGUGGACGCUCCAGCCCAUGCCUCAGUACCACAUCCUGUGCAAGCAGCUGCAGCGUUUCGGGCAGUGCCAGUGUCAGAAUGACCAGCUUUGCCGAGAGGAAGUUGCUUAAACUCAGCCUCCGUGACGGAUUCUCUAGCACCAGCAGCUCACAGAAGACGACGCCCGACCACUCUGAGAUUACUCCUUGCGCUCCCUGGCAACUAAAGACUGAAGGUAGCCCAGGUUGGCAAGCGCAAGACCCCACGUCUGCUGUGAGGAAGACUAUGAUGGCGAGUCCUCCAGUAGUGCCUUCAGAGCUGCUGCAACUCCACAUGCAGCUAGAAGAGCAAAGGCGAGCUAUCGAGUAUCAAAAGAGGAAGAUGGAGACCUUGUCGGCGCGGCAGCGACUGAAACUUGGCAAAGCUGCAUUCUUGAACAUCGUGAAGAAAGGCGAAGGGAGGAGCGACACACUCCCUCUUCCUCUCAAACAUUCGCCUUCCACCGAACUGUCUGGCUCUCAGAAAGUGAAGAGCCCCUGCUGCAAGGAUGACUCUUGUCUUGAGGUACUGAAGGUGCAGGCAAAGGCAGAAGGAAGACCAUUACAUCGAGACAAUCGGUUAAACACCUCGGCUCAGGAUGGCGCUUCCGAUUCGGAUGUGAGUGACCGUACCCGCUCCAUAGAUCUCCUCAACAAGGCCAUCAGCGUUAUCCAGCAGCAGAUGACGCAGCUCUCAUUGCAGCAAGACCUACUGAUGAAGAAGAAUGUGGCUUCAUCUGUGGAACCUAAAGAACCAGACCUGAAACCAACUGCGACCACAACACAGUCCCCUACCUCAGACCCCAGAUCCUUUGCCGUCCACUUUGUUGACUUCAACGACAGUAGUUGUGCUCCCACCCGUCGUCCUCCCAAGCUGAGCUCUAGCCAGCGAAGCAAAGCCUCAGAGCCGAAGCAGAGUAACAAGAACAGCAAAGUGUCUGACACUGAAGCUGUGACCUCUCCCAACGAAAAGACUGGUGUAGAAAGCCAGGAUGCCGAAAGUUCCAGGUUGGAUAGAAACUUCAGAAGACGCACAACCUUCAGAGUCCAAAACGAAGCGGACCUAUCUCCUGUCAAGGUUCAGUCAGAGGACACGAGGGCCUCCGAUACCUCCAUCACUCCGUCACAUUGUGCAGAAGACGACGAGGUCGACAUCUCAGGAACAGAAUCUGUCGGUGGUAACAACAGCACCACGGGAAAAGGUCUCCUGAUCGAGGUUGACCUAUCAGAGAUGAAGGAGCCUGCGGAGGGCGCGAGUCUCGACAUCGCAGACGGUGAACAGAAGAACGUGCUCGGCUUCUUCUUUAAGGACGACGAGAAGGCCGAGGAUGAGAUGGCCAAACGUCGCGCUGCCUUCAUGCUCAAACAACAGCGCAAAGCCGAAGAGGCCAGGAUACGCAAGCAGCAGCAGGAAGCAGACAGCGAACUCAAGCGUGACGAGGCCAGGCGUAAGGCAGAGGAGGACCGGGUUCGUAAAGAGGAGGAGAAGGCCAGACGAGAGCUGAUAAAGCAGGAGUACCUGCGCCGGAAGCAGCAGGCGUUGUUGGAAGAGCAGGGUCAGGUUAAGCCGAGCCCCAGGUUCAAGUCCCGCAGGAAUAGACCCAAAUCGCUGCAUCGAGGCGAGUUCAGCAGCCCCUGUAAAGGAUCCACCACACCUGAUCUGAGCUGCAGCCUUCGAGGAUCCACGUUGUCUUUGGCCACAGAGGCAGACAGCAUCAUCUCUGAAGAGGCGGAAUCGCAGAGGGCUGAGUCAGUCUGCUCCAUGGAUUCCUUCCCUGUGCUGAGCCGAGCCUCCAGCAGGAACAUGGAGCGCGACUGGGAGAGCGGCUCCAUCGCCUCCUCCAUCACUUCCACCGAGUACAAUGGGCCCAAGCUUUUCAAAGAGCCAAGCUCUAAGUCCAACAAGCCCAUCAUCAUCAAUGCCAUCGCCCACUGCUGCCUGGCCGGAAAGGUGAACGAGGCACAGAAGAAUGUCCUUCUGGAGGAGCUGGAAAAGUGCGAGUCGAAUCACCUGAUCAUCCUCUUUCGGGACGGCGGCUGCCAGUUCCGCGGCGUGUACUCGUACUCGCCGGAGACUGAGGACAUCGUCAAAUUCACGGGCACGGGGCCGCGUGUCAUCGGCCACAAGAUGAUCGACCGGCUCUACAAGUACAGUUCUGACCGCAAGCAGUUUAACGUCAUCCCGGCCAAGUCGGUGUCGGUCAGCGUGGACGCGUUGACCAUCCACAACCACUUGUGGCAGGCCAAGAGGCCCGGCAGCGCGCGCAGGAAGUGACACGCGGACGCUCUGUACUUGUUUACGACCGUUGGGCCGGACCCAAAUAGUCGUAUGACGUGUUCAGACUAAACGCUCAAGAAAUGCAACGGUGUCUUAAAGAGGAUGGGAGAUUAGAAAUAUGUCAAAUGAAAAAUCUCUCAAGUUCAACUCUUUGAAAUGUGCGUGAUUGUUCAUGUUUAUUUCAUUCUUUCAGUGUGAACAAUAAGCUCCUUGUUUGAUUUGAAAACAUCAGAGGCUAACAUGGUCGACAUGGUCGUCGUCGGUCAGUCUGUCCCUUCAACAACUGGCGAUGUUAGUGCAGUUUUUUCCAACCUGUAUUGCGCCAAAGCCAUUUUACAUGAGAAAAAUAUGACAGCACACCACCAAACAAAAAGUAUACAGCCCAGAAAAAACAUUUCAAGACCAAAAAAAAUGAGGGACCUUUUUGGGCAUUUUGACCAUUUUUCAUUUUCUACUUAUAAAUGCUUUAAAUGGCAAUAUUUGUGUUUGGAAUUUGGGAGUUAUUUUGUCAGUUUAUAGAAUGAAAAAAUGUACUUACAAAUGUAAUAAGUGUGAAAUCUGGGCCACAACGCUAAUAUUCUGUUGUUUGAAUGGCAACAAAACACAGGUUAACUAUACAGUACCUUCAGCUAGCGAGCGGAAGACCAUUAAAUUGUUCUGCCUGUCACUAUAUGUUGGCACCGUAGAUGGAGGAACAAAGGUACAGUAUUUGUAGUAAAUACAGUAGAUGAUUACCACCUGGUGAUCUCGGACAGCGUUUGGUGAUCACUGCCCUAGGGAAUACAAAACAGCGAGCCGAAAGCACUACUCUAUUGUUUUUAUUUAUCAUAAUUCUGCAUGUCACACUUUUGUUUGAGCCCGUAGGUACUGCAUGUCCUCCGUUCUUUUUGGCACUAGAUCCGAUGGAGUGAUUGUCACGUUGCGACAAAGUUGGACCUUUUCGAAACGAACGCUGCUUCAUCCAUUCCUGGCGGUGAUUCUGACUUUUGACCCCCCUCCAAAACCAAAAAGGUUUGUUUAUCGUAUUGUGAUGCUCAAGGCUGCUGGUUUGUUCCUUCCAAUCCUUCUGAUGAGUGCUUUUACAAAGAUACACUUUGAGCCCGUGUUUUUAAUGAGUGGCUUGGUUGCUAUUUGGCUAAGGAAGUGAGGACUGCUGCGUGGUUAACCCCUCGGAAUGUUUGAACUUUAUUAAUUUUUGGGGCAGAAAAACAAAAGGGGGCACUGCAGCACGGUUAGCACGACUGCCUCACCGUUCUGAGGUUUAAGAUUCGAUACUCUGAUCUGGCCUUCCGGUGUGGAGUUUGCAUGUUCUCCCAGUGCUUGCGUUGGUUUUCUCUGGGUACGACUAAAUUGCCCAUAGGUAUGAGUGUGAAUGUAUUUAUUUAUUUAUUUUUUGUCUACAUGUGCCCUGCAGUUGACUGGUGACUAGUCCAGAAUCUACCCCGCUUUUCUCACCGAGCUACAGUUUUUUGGAAGACUUUAAUUUGCCCAUAUAGUGUAGGUGUGAAUGUGAUCCUGAAUGCUUGUUUGUCUAAAUGCGUCCUGUGAUUGGCUGGGGACCAGUCCAAAGAGUACCCUGCCUCUUCGCUGAACGUCACCUUGGAUCGGCUCCAGUUUAGCCGCAACCGCAAUGAGAAAAAGUAAAGGCAACCAUUUAUUUAUUUAUUGCUGCUGUUUUCUCGCAAGAUAAACAUUUCUACUGUUGGGGGGCAAUGUCAAUUUCGUGCCGUCUGAGAUCCUUAACAGGCUCAUGAGUAUUUCUUUUUUUUUUUUUUUUUUUUGCGACCUGUCACAUGAGAACAAUGUUUAAAUGUAGCUUCAAAUGCUCAAGAGGUUGCCUGCUCCGUCCCUGGUCAAUUGUAACGUGAUGGCGAACAAAACUGCACAAUACUUGAUUUUUUUUUUUGCUGCAUUUUAUAUAUUUUUAGUAAGAUAUUUUGUACCAGUUAAAGAAGCUAAAGAAAGAAAAAAAAAAAACAGGCACUGUUAUGAGGUUUAUUCUGUUACAGUCCCGUUUCAUUGUGUCCUUUAUCGUGUGUUAACGUCUUUGAAAAAUGUAAUAAAAUGCAG